GUGUAAUGUUGUUUGACGAGACUACAGGCGGGAGAAGAUCUUGCAGCUGUGAUGAUUUCAGCCCUGGAGCUUUUCAGCGACUUGUUAAUCCCGCCGUAGAUGGAAAAUGAAGAAAGCAACAGAAAAUCAAGGAAACACUCGAGCACUUGGAGAAUACUUCUCACCGAAGAGUAAAGUGAAGGACCUCGCACCUCGCUCUCUACCACAGUCCUUUCACCAGGAGACUCCAAUGAAGCCCUCUCAAGUCCCGAACCGGCUUUCUCAUCCACUACCGAGGAGGAUGUUACCUCAUCAAACACCUCAGCUGUGCUACAGGGACAGACCACAUUCACGUUGGCACCCUCCUCAUCCCUCUCAACCAAUUUUUUCAACAGGGAUUGUUCCAAACAAUGCAGCUAACAUUGGAAACUUGGUAAAUAGUCCCCCACUAAUGGCCAGGGACAAACUGGAUCCUCUGGAGCAUUCGGCGCCACCAGGACCAAGACCGUUUUUUCCUUCUUUUCUUUCGCCAGUUAGCCUGACCAACAUGGAUACCUCACCUAAUGGGCCACAACCUUCAUAUCCUGCUGCAUUUUCCCCCGCAACCCCUCACUUCAUGAGCAGUUGCUCCCCAUCCUCCUACAUCAAGAAAAAUCCAGUGACUGAAUCCAAGGUUACUUUGUUUAACUCAGGAAGCAAAAAUGUAACGACACAAAACCAAGAAUCAAAACAGGGUCAAUCUAGCGAUGUGAGAAGUUACACACAUACUGUCGAGCUGCGCAGGCCGCCAAUAAGCCUGAAAACCUCAUCACUCAGCAACGGAGCAACCCUAGAAGUUAAGCCACCACCCUCUUCAGGCUCAGAGCGCUGCCAUCCUGAUGUCAGCCGGAGGCCUUUGUGGGGCUACCAGCCUCCAAAUACCCAAUCUUCUGACAGAAGUGGUGCUUACAGUUUACCUUUAACCCAUGGGCCUACUGCCCCUUGCCAGAGCCAACAAGUGCGAACACCUUCAAGUGAAAAUGAACACAAAAUUACAGUGGACUUGAAUUGCUCACCUCAGAAGAGAUACAGGGAGUUUGAACACUGUCACGAGAAUACCAACAAACAAUGUCUUCAAGAGGCAAACUCUCAUGUAACACAAACGACAAAAUCCACUGUUCAGGGUGUUUCACUGGUCUGUCAGCCAUCACCGAAGAAUACUUCAGUCUUGGAGCUAUCAUCAAAAACCACAGAAAGUCAUCUGAGUAAGGAGCUGGCAUGUGGACAGUCGACAUGCAUGGAGCCAUCGUCAGCAUUCAAACCCACACAGUCAGGCUGCAUAUCAUUGUCCCCCAAACACUGUACUGGGAGACCACCAUCAAUGGGGGCAAAGCAAGUCUUUUCAAAUGCUGUUCAGAAUCAUAAAGUGGAGACAAAAGAGUUAAAAUCACCUUCUAAGUCAAAUGAAGAAAGUGUGAAAAAAAGAAGGGAAGAAAACCACAAAAUGGAUAAUUCAAGCACUUUGUUAUCUUCUGAGUGUUCUCAGAUGGACAGUAAACACUCACCUCAUUCUGAGGUAAGCAGCCACCACUCAGGUCAUACUGCCUGUAGUACCUCAGGCUCAUCAGUGAAGCCACUAAGCAAAAGUAAUCAGGUGGGGGACAGCAGAAAAUUGGACAGUAGCACGCCCAAACCAACCUCUAGACCAAAUUCAGGCUCUUCGAGCUGUCGCACAAUAGAGCGGAGAAAAACUUCUCGUAGAAGAAGAUCUGUAGUGCCGCUCGAUGAUACAGAUGAGCUUUUCACCCCUGAUCCCUUUACUUACGUAGUCAGCCCUGCAUGUAAGAACGCAAAGUCUAAGGUAAAUGGGGAAACAAACAAGUCACCCAUAUCAGAGAAAGGUUGUUUAUCCAGCCAUUCAUCUAGUUCCAGUCCCUCAUUAACUGUGUCGUCACAUCACAAAACUCAAAACCACACAGCGAAUGGAUCUACUCUUGCAGUACCUUCCUCUGCACGUGAUACACAAAUCUGCUUGCCAACUGUGACUUUAAAGCGGGUAAAACUUGAAAACUGCGCUCCAAAAGGAAAGGAACUCAAAAACAGUCCCACCAGUUCUUCAGGCAGGCAGCUAAAGAGUGAGAGUGUUAAAUCUGAGAACAAACACACAUCUCCUUUCUCCAACAACACGAGUUCAUGCGAGACUGAUGUUUCUUCCUCCAAGCAAAGUCCUACAUCCCCUUGUAGAUGGCCAAGUGAAACGAGUAGAAAGCAGGGGAAUGAAGACGAUCCCAUAGAUGUGGAGCUGGACCUGGACCUGGGCCUGAGCUUUGCAUUGGAUGUGGAUGUAAGUCAGGGCUCACACAGCAGUGAGGACGAGCAGCUGAUUUCAUUGCAGGAGAUAAUGGAACGUGUUGCCAAGCCUCCAGACACACCAGAGAAAGGAGCCUUCUCAGAGCCUAGUACACCUGGACAUCCCACCUGCCAGUUAAAAAAGCUCACAUUGCCAUCCACCACAAGGUCAGGCAUCUAUAAGAACAAUCUUGACCAGAUGCUGACAGAAAUAAACAACAAUAAAAAAGCAAAAGAGAUUGAGACACAGCUUCUUAAUGCAUGUAAUGAGGACCUGCUGAGGAUCGCUGAAUAUGAGGAGACAGAGGAGAACCAAGAGGAGGGCAUCUCCACUGAGCAGCAGGAAUUCUUGCAGCGCUACUCGUUGAUGUCCAGUGCAAUCAGGGAAGUGCCCCCAGGAGAAGUAGUGUUCAACGUGGAGAAGUUUGGCCAGAUCUUUAAUCAGGAUUCACUGCAACUCAGGCAAUGCAUGGUCAACCCACAGGGGACAGCACAGAAAACACUUCUUUGGUCCAGCCCAGCUCAGCUCAGACUGCAUUUGAACAUUGGAUUGUUCCAGGAAGCGUACAACUGUAACUCACCCUGUCCAACUCAGAUUACCCGUUUCCUAUUCAAGAUGAUGUCCGUCCAUAGUGAGAGGAUGGUAUCUGAAAAGCUACUACAGGCCCUGUGUGACAUUGCCUGCACUGCUGCUUAUCAGAUAGUGAAAAAUUGCAGCCAGCAGUUUGAAGUAUGGGUGCCCAGUUUAGCUGAUGUGACGCUGGUCCUGAUGAAUAUGGGCGUUGCGUUUGUCACCCUCUUCCCUUUUGAGAAUCUACAGCCUCCAUUCACAGAAGGAGAUUUGCUGGAGGACAUCUACAUUAAAAGUGAGAGUCCCUCUGAUAACAUGGAAGAAAUCACUUUCCCGGAACACAACUGCAACAACGUCUUGAAGUAUCUGUCCUACUGUAUGGGCCUGUGCCCACGUGCAUACAGCGACGAGGAGCUGCUGCUGCUGCUAACUGUGGCUGGCAGGGUCGGCCUGGACACACGGCUCAUCCUGCAGUCCACUGUGGAGCUGUACCCUCUGCACUAUAAAAUUGUCAACAACUUCAGGGACUGGGACACUAUGCUUCCUCGAAUAUGUCUGGCCCUCACUAAUUUGACAGACGACCACCACAACAUGUGCCUCCUAGUUCAACUUCUGCCUGACAACACACGUGGAAAACAAUUGCGCAGACAUCUUAGCAUGUCCAUGAUCUCUAAGCUGCUGGAUGGAAGCUGCUCUUACAGACCAACACAAAAGGAGUUUCAGCUCUCUGAACUGAGGCAUUACCUUCCCCGCAUGCAACCUUCCACCCUUCUCCGAGGCUUGCUGAAGAAUUCGAAAGAUAAAGAAGAGGACAUGGCCACCCUCGACCAACAGUCCUACUACCUGUGCUACAGCCUUUUGACACUGGCAAAUGAAGCAUCCAAUUUUCAUUCCUUCACGGCUCAUCAAAAGGGCCAGCUGCUGUCCCUGUCGUCUGAGUUGAAUGCACAUGUGAAGUGUGACAUCAGAGAAAGCGAGAAAUGUCUUUACCGGAGCAAAGUAAAGGACUUGGUGGCCAGGAUCGAUACCAAGUGGCAGAUGCUCCUUCAGAGGACCAGGCCUCUUGAUGGUAGGCUGUAUGAUUACUGGCAGCCGGGGGAUACACUGAUCAGCAGCCAAGAAGAUGAAGGAGAUGAAGAGGUCACUGUGAUAGAAGAUGAGACCGUGAUGGAGGAGGAAGAGGAAGAUGCUAAUGUAUCAAGGGAGACUGAUGUCGUGAUGGUUGCUGAGGAGGAAGAGGAGGAGAAAGAAGUGGACAGGGUGGAGGCAGAGGAGGAUAUGAUGCUUGAUGAAAAGCCGGGAGAAAUGGUGGGACAGGAUGGUACAGUGAAUGCAACAAACAAAACAGAGGGUGCAACAGAGUCAAUGCCUUGUGACUUGAACCAAGUGAUGCCUGAGGCGGAGCCUGAAGUACAAAAGGAGCCUCAGGCAGAGGAUGAGCAAACAGAUGCUGCGAGCACAGAUCGUACUGAUGCGGAGGGUGAGACAGUUUGAAAACGAGAGAUUUGUCACUUGGUACCAGCUGCUGAUUUUGCGUUAGAUAUUUUCAUUAGUUUUCAGGGCUUUAAUAGCCAUCGCCUUAAUGUUCAGCUCAAUUUGCACUAUCUACCGGUCUUCCUCCAUCCCUAAGCCCUAGGUUUCAUAGUUUUCCACAGUAAAUAAAGACACAAAUAUUAGGUGUAUAUUUAUUAAUAAAGCAUUUUAGAAGAGAAGAAUGUUGGUGGGCUGAAGCCUUUUCUACUUUGGAGUUUGUGCUGCACAAGAAACAAAAUAUUGAUUUAAUGUGUCUUUUUUCUACAAAAACAAUAACUUAAUGUAAAUACAUUUAGUAAAUUAUUUCUUGCUAUGUCACUGUUUUUGUAUGCUUAGUUGUGUUGUGUGUUGCACACUGCAAUGGAGUGCCUAUGUUUUAUUUGAUUUAUUUUUUUU